GUGGCACUCAUAGCAGUGGGGGCGCUUGUCCUGGUCGCGUCCGCCAUCUUUGUGGCCUAUUUUAUCAGGAAGAACCUUAUCCGCAAGGAGAUGGCGAAAGGGCCCAACAAAAUCCUCCUGACGGGCGACGAUCUCAUCUUCGUACAGACAAGGAACUUCUCGAAGAGUUUCAAGAGUGUUCGGAGCUCGUCGCCUCAGAUAGAGAAGCCGGACCUGCUCAAGGCCUCCACGGACCCGUCGAAAUCGUUCAGUAACUUCAGCGAUGAGUUUGGUGAUGUGUCGGACAGUGCAAGAUAUAAUGGUGAUAUUGUACAUCUGAAGAAACUGAAUAUUCAUAACUUCGAAGUGAAACAUAAAACCAUGCAUCACUUGAAAGUGUUCCGAGACCUCCGCCACGAGAAUUUGAAUGCCUUCGUGGGUUGCUUCGUCGACCCGACCAAUCCGUCCAUCGUGACCGAGUACUGCAGCCGGGGCAGCCUAGAGGACAUUAUCCAUGAUGAUAACAUCAAGUUAGACUGGUCCUUCAAAUUGUCGCUGCUGACUGAUCUGGUUCGGGGUGCACGGUAUCUCCACACCACCCCAAUCAAGCACCACGGCUACCUCAAGUCAGGAAACUGUGUCAUCGACAGCCGAUGGGUUUUAAAAAUCACAGAUUAUGGCCUUCCAUUGAUCUACGAAAGAUACCAGUCCAAGCCAGAUUACAAGGCCAAGGAUCUGCUGUGGACCGCCCCAGAACAUCUCCGGGAUCCUCCGAACGUCCCAUUCCGAGGCUCGCAGAAGGGCGACGUGUACAGCUUUGGCAUCAUACUGCAAGAAGUGAUCAUGCGAGGGAUGCCAUUUUGUAUGUUGGAUCUCGAACCCGAAGAAAUCAUCCGCAAAGUACGAAAGCCUCCUCCCCUUUGCAGACCGUCCGUCUCCCAACAGGCCGCACCUCCGCAGUAUAUACAAAUCAUGAAGCAAUGCUGGACAGAGAAUCCUGAUAUCAGGCCAGACUUUGAGAGUAUCUACCAGGAGUUCAAGGAUCUUAACAAGGGGAAGAAAAUGAACAUAGUGGAUACCAUGUUUAAAAUGUUGGAGAAGUACUCCAAUGAUCUUGAGGAGUUGGUCAAGGACAGGACGGACGCGUUGGCUGAAGAGAAAAAGAAGACGGAGCAUCUUAUAAGUCGGAUGUUACCUCCAAUGGUAGCCAAGAGUCUCAUGAUGGGGACCCCAGUCGAAGCGGAAUCUUACAACGAAGUGACAAUCUACUUCAGCGACAUUGUUGGGUUUACAACCAUCUCGGCCAUGUCAAAUCCUAUGCAAGUUGUAGCUCUUCUCAACGAGUUGUACACUAUGUUUGACAGCAUUAUAGAAAAAUACGAGGUCUAUAAGGUUGAAACUAUUGGUGAUGCAUAUAUGGUUGCCAGUGGCCUCCCAGUGAGAAUCAAGCAUCACGCACAAGCCAUCUGCCUCAUGGCCCUCGACCUGCUCAGUGACUGCGCGAAAUUCAAGAUCCACCAUAUGCCAGAAGUACCACUGAGGCUGCGCAUUGGGCUACAUACUGGUCCAUGCGUGGCUGGCGUGGUGGGUCUGACUAUGCCAAGGUACUGUCUCUUCGGAGACACGGUCAACACCGCUUCAAGAAUGGAAUCAACUGGUGCAGCUUUCCGGAUCCAUAUCAGCGAAACUACGAGAGAUCUGUUGGUCAACCAGCCACCCGGUGGCUUCCACAUCCAAUACCGUGGCGAGGUGGAGCUAAAAGGGAAGGGGACGCACAAGACCUACUGGCUGACUGGCAAAGACGGGUUCGACAAGCCACUGCCGGAGCCUCCCGAGAUGAGUGGGGAUAACCAUGGAAUACUCGGCCUGCUCCCUCGAAAUAGAUCAUUCACUGAUGCCGUACAAACAGUCAGAAACAGUCUCCGCGCGAAUACGUCCUCCCUAGGAACUGGCAGUGUCACCGCUGAGGACAAAACCUCGGACACAGCCGCUGAACAAAAUGGAAAGUGUUUAAAGAAGCAAUCAAGCAGGUCGUGUAACAAUAUGGACGAGAUUGGGUCGACAGUAGAUUUUAAGGAAGAGAAGGCGAAUGAGAGGGAGACUGAGGAAGGGUUUGAGCAGGAAACUAACCGAGAUGUCGGCGGACUACAUAUGCGUGAAAAGUUUGGGUCGGUGAAACUUCAGCGGAGCUUUGAUAAAAAACAGGAAAAUCCCGCCCGUCGUACCUCCAGCGCCCCUGUGUCAAAUACAGACCAAACAUUUUGCAGCGAAUCGCAGAAAGAUAAACAUAAGGCUAAGGAUUCAUCUCGGCCCUUAUCAGGUAAAUCUCAGUUGCGUUCUUUGCGAAAACGCGCAUCUGAACGAUUGAGGAAAAUGCAAUCAUCAGACGAUGGGACGACGUCACCGGAAACGAGGCGCACGCAGCAGACGAUGCCGAAAAGUGUCAAUGCUGUAAAUUCUAAAUCAGAUAUCGUAAAACCAGUUCUGCGUAAAACAGAUAGCAGUGGUUCGCAUAAAGGUGUUCUUGAUAUGAAAAAUAGCCAAAGACGGGAGGGAAGCAAUAGUUUCAAGUCAAAUCAAUGUAGGCCUAAGCAUUCUUUGAACAGCGAACUGAAAGCUGCGACUUCGUGCACGAUAUAUUUGGAGGAUAAAAACCGUGAUUCGUCCGGGAAGCAACAGCCGAGAGGUUCUGUGUCAUGA